AUGGCCACUGCCAAGGAAGAAGAAAAGCCAUACGAUGCCGGCGAACUGGAAAAAGCUAUUUUGGAUUCCUCCUUUGUCGCACAGGCAGCCAGCUCGCCGCUCCGAAUCUGCUGUUACGGAUCCUCGGCGGCCAAGACACCCACCAAGUUUUUAAAUGAGGCGUGGAAUCUUGGUUUUAUAUUGGCCAAGCGAGGACAUACUUGUGUGAAUGGAGCUGGUAGCUUUGGAUGUAUGGCCGCCAUGAAUGAUGGCGCAGAUGCUGGAGACGGACAUAUUGUGGGGGUGAUUCACGAAAUGUUUAUUGUCGAUGGAAAUGAUUGGUACUGCAACCGUGAUGGGGGAGCUCAUCGAUUGUUCAAAGGCAAGACAGACACGAACAACAGCAAUAGUACUGCAGAUACUCGAACAGGCCCUACGCGGGAAAUGUUGGUGGCCGGUGGCAAAGAUCUACAAGAACGAAAACGGUUGCUAGUGGAAGGAGCGGAAGGUCUAAUAGUACUGCCAGGUGGCCCAGGGACCUGGGAUGAGCUCUGGGAAAUGGCCUGUGCCAGGAACCUUGGCUUGAUUAGUCUCCCCAUUGUGUGCGUCUCUGUGGAUGGGUACUACGACAAUUUCCGGGCCAUGCUGGACCGAGCUUUUGAGGAUUGCUUGAUCAGGAACCGCCCAGAAGAUGUAGUGCACUUUGUAAGUACAUCGGAAGAAGCCGUUCGUUGGAUCGAGAUGCAAGACGACCUUAAAAAAGCAAAAGGUAAUGAGGCAACGGCGUUGCCCUCGGUGAAGACACGUGCUUCAGUCCUACGUAAAACGUCGUUCUUGAGUACCCCCGCUGUCUUUACUCGGUCUAUGAGUUGGUUUUCUGCCGAUGAUGGCGACGGAGAUGCUGUAAGUUGGUCCUUCCCUGCACUGGGAACGAUUGUCUUUGUGCUGGGAGUCACGGUCGGAAUCCUUUCUGCCCCUCAUAUCAAUAGGAAGUAG